GUAACUGUCAAAUCGAUGGGUAAUGUAAAACAAAAAAGUAACCAAGAAACCAAGUAUUUGGCGGGACUGAGGUUAGCGGCUUUAUUCGUCUAUAAACUAAAACAGAAAAGGAAUUUAUAAUUGAUUAUUACAAAACAAUUAAUUGUAGCAUAAACAAUAUCACGAUGGGAGAUAAAGGCGAUGCAGCAGAAACUUUUGAUGAUGCUGUUGAGGAAAGAGUUAUAAAUGAAGAAUAUAAAAUAUGGAAAAAGAAUACUCCUUUUCUAUAUGAUUUAGUGAUGACACACGCUUUAGAGUGGCCAUCAUUAACAGCACAGUGGUUGCCAGAUGUUACAAGACCAGAUGGCAAAGAUCAUUCUAUCCACCGAUUAAUUCUCGGUACACAUACAUCUGACGAACAAAAUCAUCUUUUAAUUGCUAGUGUUCAAUUGCCAAAUGAAGAUGCUCAAUUUGAUGCAUCUCAUUAUGAUAAUGAAAAAGGAGAAUUUGGAGGCUUUGGAUCUGUAUCUGGAAAAAUAGAAAUUGAAAUAAAAAUUAAUCAUGAAGGGGAAGUAAAUCGAGCCAGAUAUAUGCCCCAAAAUCCAUGUGUUAUUGCUACAAAAACUCCUUCCAGUGAUGUGUUAGUGUUUGACUAUACUAAACAUCCAAGCAAGCCUGAUCCUAGUGGAGAAUGUCAUCCAGACCUCCGACUUCGAGGUCACCAAAAAGAAGGAUAUGGAUUAUCAUGGAAUCCUAAUUUAAAUGGUUACCUCUUAUCUGCUAGUGAUGACCACACAAUUUGUUUAUGGGAUAUCAAUGCCACUCCUAAAGAAAAUCGUAUUAUUGAUGCAAAAACCAUAUUUACCGGCCAUACAGCUGUGGUUGAAGAUGUGGCCUGGCAUCUGUUACAUGAGAGUUUAUUCGGUUCUGUCGCUGAUGAUCAAAAAUUGAUGAUUUGGGAUACCAGAUGUAAUAAUACUAGUAAGCCUUCUCACACUGUUGAUGCUCACACGGCUGAAGUGAAUUGUCUUAGCUUCAAUCCUUACUCAGAGUUUAUUCUCGCUACGGGCAGUGCGGACAAAACUGUUGCUUUGUGGGAUUUACGAAAUUUAAAAUUAAAAUUGCAUAGUUUUGAGUCUCAUAAAGAUGAAAUAUUUCAAGUUCAGUGGUCACCACAUAAUGAAACCAUAUUAGCUUCUUCCGGUACUGACAGAAGACUUCAUGUGUGGGAUUUAAGCAAGAUUGGUGAAGAACAGAGUCCUGAAGAUGCUGAAGAUGGCCCUCCAGAAUUGCUAUUUAUUCAUGGAGGACAUACCGCCAAAAUAUCAGUGUUUGACUAUACUAAACAUCCAAGCAAGCCUGAUCCUAGUGGAGAAUGUCAUCCAGACCUCCGACUUCGAGGUCACCAAAAAGAAGGAUAUGGAUUAUCAUGGAAUCCUAAUUUAAAUGGUUACCUCUUAUCUGCUAGUGAUGACCACACAAUUUGUUUAUGGGAUAUCAAUGCCACUCCUAAAGAAAAUCGUAUUAUUGAUGCAAAAACCAUAUUUACCGGCCAUACAGCUGUGGUUGAAGAUGUGGCCUGGCAUCUGUUACAUGAGAGUUUAUUCGGUUCUGUCGCUGAUGAUCAAAAAUUGAUGAUUUGGGAUACCAGAUGUAAUAAUACUAGUAAGCCUUCUCACACUGUUGAUGCUCACACGGCUGAAGUGAAUUGUCUUAGCUUCAAUCCUUACUCAGAGUUUAUUCUCGCUACGGGCAGUGCGGACAAAACUGUUGCUUUGUGGGAUUUACGAAAUUUAAAAUUAAAAUUGCAUAGUUUUGAGUCUCAUAAAGAUGAAAUAUUUCAAGUUCAGUGGUCACCACAUAAUGAAACCAUAUUAGCUUCUUCCGGUACUGACAGAAGACUUCAUGUGUGGGAUUUAAGCAAGAUUGGUGAAGAACAGAGUCCUGAAGAUGCUGAAGAUGGCCCUCCAGAAUUGCUAUUUAUUCAUGGAGGACAUACCGCCAAAAUAUCAGAUUUCAGUUGGAACCCAAAUGAACCAUGGGUAAUUUGUUCUGUGUCUGAAGAUAAUAUAAUGCAAGUUUGGCAGAUGGCCGAGAACAUUUAUAAUGAUGAGGAACCAGAGCAGCAAGCUUCCGAUAUUGAAGCAACAGCCACUUAAAAGUAGUUGAUAUUCCGUUUCUGUGUUUAUUUCAUUUAAAUUAUUUUAUCACUUUGUAACAAAAACUUAAUGAGAAAUACACGAUUUAUAUUAGUUA